AGGACGACGACAACAUCAUCAUCAGAACGGUGUGCGAUCGGUUCCAUUCCUCCAUAACGGAAUCCAUGGGGGCUUCCGGCGACCUGGCCCUCCUCUCGGUCCGCAGACUUGCGUUGAUGGUUUGUGUAGCCGCGGACACGGAGAUUGAUGGGGUAAUUUGGAGACCCCACGACACCCUGGCUUGCUAUACGAAUAUCGUGCAGCCCUGCCACUUUGACGACUUCGUCCAAGCACCAGGACCGGGUUCUACAACAGGCCCUGAGGAGCAACGUCAGCCGCGCCUGCUAUUCAGCGCAAGGAAGCGCCCCGAAACGGUCAACAUACAGCUGCUCCUUGAGUGGAUGAAUAUCUGUCAAAGAGAUUAUGACUUGAGCUGCUCCGUCGAGGAAGACGAAGACGAAGCCGAGCCCCAGCCACGGUCUCGCACCGAGUGCGUUCUCAUUCUGCCGCCAAACUCGCUCCACAGAAUCGGUAUUGCUAACCCGACAUUCUCGCCCAUGCCCUAGGUUGAUCCGAUUCAUUGAUGUUGACCGAAAUUGUGUCUGCGUCUUGCGAGACAUCGACCUCGCCGGAACCCGGUACUUGGGCCUGAGCUACUGCUGGGGCUGAGAUCAGGAAG